UCCCGGACAAGCUUACUGUGUUAACAUCAGGAUCGUCUUCUGAUUUCAUCCAGUUUAGAACAGCUAUGAGGACGUGAAGUGAAAUGAACCUGCCAAACACAUGAAUCUAUUGAAAUGCAUCAAAUGUCUAGUAAAACAAUAGCUUUGAAACAAAUCCAAGUGUCCAACAUAAGUCAGUGGUUAAGAUAGAAGCACAGCAAUAACUCUGAAAUUUAGAUACAGACUUGAGAGAAUGGUUUGUGCUGCCUUGAGUUGGUGCCAAUGGGUGUUGUUAAUUUGUUACCUUGAAAGAGUGGUAUGGUGUCUAAAUCCUGAUGAUCCUAAUGUGUGCAGCCACUGGGAAAGUUAUGCUGUCACAGUUCAGGAAUCCUAUGCCCAUCCCUUUGACCAGGUCUACUAUACUAGAUGCACUGAUAUUCUUAAUUGGUUUAAAUGUACCAGACACAGAAUCAGCUACAAAACAGCUUAUCGUCGAGGCCUAAGGACAAUGUACAGAAGAAGAUCACAGUGCUGCCCUGGAUACUAUGAAAGUGAAGAUUUUUGUGUCCCAUUGUGCACAGAAGAAUGCAUGCAUGGGAAGUGUGUUUCUCCAGACACAUGUCAGUGUGAACCUGGCUGGGGAGGAACAGACUGCUCCAGUGGCUGUGACAGUGAACACUGGGGACCACACUGCAGUAACCGGUGCCAAUGUCAGAACAGAGCCCUAUGUAAUCCCAUCACUGGGGCCUGUGUCUGUGCUGAUGGAUAUGAAGGAUGGCGCUGUGAAGAGCCCUGUGACCAAGGAAGUUAUGGCAAAGGAUGUCAGUAUAAGUGUCAGUGCCAAAAUGCUGCCACUUGUGAUCAUGAGACUGGAGAAUGCCACUGUCCUCCUGGUUAUACUGGUGUCUUCUGUGAAGAACGCUGCCCUCCUGGCAGUCACGGAGCCCAGUGUGAGUCACGGUGCCCGUGUCAGAAUGGUGGGAAAUGUCACCACAUUACUGGAGAGUGCGCCUGUCCAGCUGGAUGGAUGGGGUCAGUGUGUGCACAACCAUGUCCUUUUGGGAAGUUUGGGAUCAAUUGUACCCAAGAAUGUCCUUGCCAUAAUGGAGGGCAUUGUGACCAUGUGACAGGCAGAUGCCAUUGUAUAGCUGGAUAUGCAGGUGACAGGUGUCAGGAGGAGUGUCCUAUCGGCAGUUAUGGCUUGCAGUGCGCCCAAAGGUGUGAGUGCCUGAAUGGAGCUGAAUGUUAUCAUGUUAAUGGAGCAUGUCUUUGCAAGCCAGGAUUUACUGGCAAUCGCUGCCAAGACAGAAUGUGUCCAGAUGGACUGUAUGGACUGAAGUGCAAUAAACAGUGUCCUUGCAAUGGCAAACAUACCCAAAGCUGCCAUCCAUUGUCUGGUGAGUGUUCCUGUAGAGCAGGCUGGACUGGACAGGACUGCAAUGAGACGUGUCCCCCUGGCUUUCAUGGAGAGGGCUGCCAGCAAAUCUGCAUCUGUCAGAAUGGAGCUAAUUGUGACAGUGUCACUGGCAAAUGUGUCUGUGCUCCUGGAUAUAAGGGGGAAGAUUGCUCCUUUUCAUGCCCUCCUGGGAAAUAUGGGUCCAACUGUUCAUCCUCUUGUAACUGCAAACACGGUGGAAGCUGUUCUCCUGUUGAUGGUACCUGUAAUUGUAAGGAAGGAUGGCAGGGAGUGGACUGCUCCAUUCCUUGUUCUGGUGGUACCUGGGGACUUCACUGCAGUAAUAGCUGCCACUGUGCCAAUGGAGCAGCUUGUAAUCCAGAGGAUGGUUCAUGUACGUGCUCCUCGGGCUGGCGUGGCAAAUAUUGCAACCAACCAUGUCCAGAUGGGACGUACGGCUUGGACUGUGGUGAACACUGUGACUGCUGUCAUGCAGAUGGUUGUGAUCCAGUCACUGGAUUUUGCCGCUGUGUGUCGGGCUGGACUGGAAUUCGCUGUGACAACGUAUGUCUGCAAGGACGCUGGGGUCCAAAUUGCUCCAUUUCCUGUAACUGUGAAAAUGGAGGCUCUUGUUCACCUGAGGAUGGAACUUGUGAGUGUGCACCUGGAUAUCGAGGAGCCACGUGCCAGAGGAUCUGUUCUCCUGGAUUUUAUGGCCAUCAUUGCAACCAAGCUUGUCCCCAGUGUGUGCACAGUAAUGGACCUUGUCAUCAUGUCACAGGCCACUGUGAGUGCUUGUCAGGCUUUACUGGUCCCCUCUGCGACCAAGUCUGUGCAAGUGGAACAUUUGGGAAGAGCUGCUCUGGCACUUGCUUCUGCGCAAACAAUGGCACUUGCAACCCUAUUGAUGGCUCCUGUCAGUGUUACCCAGGCUGGAUUGGAAGAGAUUGUUCUCAGACUUGCCAAUCAGGCUACUGGGGCCCCAACUGUAUCCACACAUGUAAUUGCCAUAACGGAGCAGUGUGCAAUGCUUAUGAUGGAGAGUGUCGAUGUACACAGGGCUGGACUGGCAUGUAUUGCACGCAGAGAUGUCCUGUGGGAUUUUUUGGAAAAGAUUGCAUCCAACUGUGCAAGUGUCAGAAUGGAGCAGACUGUGACCAUGCGACAGGAGGAUGCAAGUGUCGAACAGGAUUCUUCGGGAAACAUUGCGAGCAGAAGUGUCCUCCUGGUACAUUUGGCUACAGCUGUCAACAGCUGUGUGAGUGUUUGAAUAAUGCUACCUGUGAUCAUGUGACUGGGACUUGCUAUUGUACACCUGGAUUCAAAGGCAUUCGCUGUGACCAAGCUGCCCUGAUAAUGGAUGAACUGAACCCCUAUACAAGAAUCAGUCCAGCUCUAGCAUCAGACAGGCACUCUGUUGGAGCCAUUACUGGGAUCAUUAUUCUUCUCCUGAUUAUAGUAAUGCUGCUGACUCUGUUCUUCUGGUACAAAUGGAAGCAGAAGGAGAAAGGGCACGACAUGCCCAGUGUCUCCUACACCCCCGCCAUGCGGAUGACUAAUACAGAUUAUUCCCUAUCAGAUCCAUCUCAGAGUACCAGCACCCUUCACUGUUUCACCAACCCUAGUUACCACACUCUCUCCCAGUGUGGCCGACUCACCCGUUUUAUCAAUAACCCAGAUGGAGACUGUCACAUUAAGAGAAAAAAACAGCUUUUCUCAAGUCUCAAGAGUGUAGAGCUUUCUGGGCAAGAAGGCUGUAGACAAGAUAUCAACAACUCAUUGCAUCCUGAAUGGCGAUACUACAGUAACUUGAAUGAUUUAGAUUAUGUGAAGGGUUCAGUCUGCAGUUCCAGCACGUGUUCACUAAAUAGCAGUGAGAACCCUUAUGCUACCAUUAAAGACCCACCAGUGCUGACCUGCAAACAUUCUGAAAGCAGCUACGUAGAGAUGAAGUCCCCUGUCCACAGAGACCCUCCCUACACGGAGAGUGACACCUCCAAAAACAGAAACAUCUACGAAGUUGAGCCAACUGUAAGUGUGGUCCAAGGCGGCCAGGCAUUUACCCCAAGCUGCAGCCAGAACCCAUAUGACCUCCCGAAGAACAGCCACAUCCCAAGUCACUAUGACUUGCUCCCAGUGAGGCACAGCCCAGUACACAUCUCUGGGGACAAACAACACCAGCCAGUCAAAGAAUGACUCAGCUCACAUAACAUUAGAGUCUGUUGCUUGCGAGAAGUGGUGGCAAAGACAAUCCUUUUGCCCUAAAAUAUGCUGAAAUUCUAAGAUGACUUGAAAAUAAACUGAUCAUGAACUUAACAUGGACAUUGCCUACUGGCACUGUCAGCCUCGUGGGACUUUCUGCAUGUAUUUAAGGAAGGAUAUUUAAUUUAAUCAAAUGAGAAAGCUUAAGUCCAGACCCAGAAAUUGACUUUUUUUCCUGAAGUAUCAGCUGGUACAGGGUUAAACUAACACUGGUGUCAGGGAAAUGAUUAAAAUCGACAGCAACUAAGUGCAACAUUGGAAGUACAAUUUCAUUAUUGGUGGAAGUUAAGAACAAAAUUUGGCAAACAUUGCUUUGACUUUAAAUUUUUUUAAAGGUUUUAUUGUCAGAUAAUUCUAAUGAUAUUGAAUUAAUGCCAUCGUUUAAGAGGAUUAGUAUUGGGUGGCCACAGCUUAAGUGACCACUAUGGUUCUCUACUUUAAACCCAUGUAAUGUGUAGUUUUGGUAGGGUGUUCCCUAAAGGACUGCAUGAAAUGUGUGCAAGGUCAAAUCAUUUAUUAAGAUACUUAAGAAGAAAUGAAUGAGAUGGUUCCUCCUGUAUUUUACAUGUUCAAAGUGUCAUGAAUUGAUCUUGAACUGGAUUUCAUUGUAAGGGAGAAGUAGUGUCUUGGAGUCUUUGAGGUCUGAAAAUUCAGGAGAGUUAAAUUUAAAUUUCAGACCUUACUAACAUUCAUGUUUGGCUGUCCCACGAGGAUGAAUUUGCCUGUCAGGUUUGUCUGUGACCUGUACUGAGAUCACACUGUCUGAUAACUUAACCGAGGAACAGAAUAGAUAUUGUGCUGAAACAAACAUCACACACAAAGGAAGUCCCGAGGAGGUGUGGUGCCAAUCUUAUCACAGUACUAAAGGCAUCUGCUCUUAAUAAACAUAAGGAAUAUAAAAUUGGUUUUGACACUAAUGAAUAAUCUCUGGAAGAAUUGCAAUGGAGGUCACAAAAUUCACUGGCAACAGUGUAUAGGAACAGUUACAAGCUCCACAAUAAAUUGUGUUUCCAAUCACACAUCUGGGGCAGCAAGAACAGAGUCUCAGAGACAGGUGAGAUGCUUUGUCCAAAGCCACCAUUCUGUUUCCCAUCCUGGGUGGUUUCAGUGCCACUGCCAGGAAGCUGACCAGCCUCUUUGCCAAGGAUGUUUCUUGGUGCACAGAUUGUUUGUGUGUGUGUGAGAGUGAGUGAGGAGAACAAGGUGAAGGAAGAGGUACAAUUAAACAGUAAUGAGAGUAAAUUGAGUGUUUUGUAAAGUAGUCAUAACAUCAACUCAGUCUUUGUAGAUAUUGAAGAGAUUGAGACAGCUGUGGUACCAACACAGAAGCUGCUGCACCAUCAAAAUUCUUUGGGAAGGAACUUUGCUUAGAACAAUAAAAUGCGAUCAUUUUAUAUUUAAAAAGAUCUUCAGAUUGACACUGACAUUAAUAGUAUAUUAUUCAGGUUGAAUCACGUUAACAUGGAGUAUGAUUGAGAUUCUUCAGUUGGAGGUCCAUAACUAAUAAAAAAAAGGAAUGUUUUCAAUCAAUGAGGAAAAACAGAUUUCAUGCUAUCUGAUUGUAUGGUUACAAUAUUACAAGAUGGUAACAGUUCAUGGGUCCUUGAAACAGAUUGCUCAUCUAAAAUAUUCAGAGUAUACAUGCAUGGUUUGUGUUUUUAUAAGUUAGUGAUUAUUUUGCUAUUGUCUGGCUUUGCAUUUCUGUAAUUGAACUGCAAACCAAUACAGCAGUACCAAGGUUUGGAGAGUAGUGAUACCAUUUUUAAUUUCAGUGCUUCCACAGUUUUGUUUACACUGUUUAUUGUAUGGGGUUUACUGAAACUAAAACAUUCCCAAUAAAUGUUGGCCUGGGUUUGGUAGUGCUAGAGUAUGUGACACAAUUGAUUUUUUUACAUUAUCUGCCACGUGAAAUAUUCUUCCCCUUACCGUCACAUUAGAGGCAGUUUUGAUAGCUGGGUGCAAGAAACAGGUAAAUUAACUUAACAAGAGAAAAAAACUGAAAAAGUUUCAAAACAGAAAAUUGGUUAGUUGUAGCCAUGACCAGAUAAGGCAAGGGAAAACCAGGAAUAAUGGGAAAUUUAGCUGAAUACAAGUGACGGAAAGCCACUAGUGGGGAAAUUGGCAGAUGGAAUUAAUAAAACUUUAGACUGAGCUACAAUGAUUAUUACAGCACUGAGAGGAAUUCUGUUGUUACAAGAUAAUUAAAUGUCAUUCACCAGCUUCAUUAAUCUAAAAGUGAGCAGCAACUUCCAUGUUAACUUUUUUUUCACCACUGCGAUAGUGUUUCGGAUUAGUUUCAUUGUCAAGUGGAAACAAACUUAGGGUCUUAAAACUUUACAUAAGACCCUAGUUUUUGAGUUGAGAGUAACUUAAUGUUUUAAGUUUGUGAUCAGAUUUUUCACCACAAAAUGAUGGGAAAAAAAACUAGGACAAAAUCAAAACAAUUGUUGCUGUCAAUUAAUUCCUCUGAAGUCCUGGAAUAAAGUUGGUGGGGGGAAACCAAAGUCACAGGAUUAAAUAGAGGUAAUCACUCAUCAUCAAAUAAAUGGUUGUCGAGACCAAGGAAUUGUUACCUGCACAAAUGGGUAAUUGAUUAGUUGAUGAAUAUUAAUUUCAUUAGUGGUCAGGAGAAAUUAUGCAGUUAUUGUCCAGGAGUGGGAUGGAUGCAGGAUCACUGUAGAAAGGAGGUGGUGUACAGCUGGGGCAGUCACCAGACCCUUACAGUUUCCUGUUCAAUAUUUUAUAGUAGCAUACAAUUUCUGAAUUAGAAAAGGAGCAGUGAUCAUGGGGUUAAAGUAGCUUAUGUUUAAUGGAUAGCUGGCAGCAAUGCCAGAUGUUGAACAAAAUUAAAUCAUAAGAACAAGAAAGAAGUAGGGUUUAGCAGUGUAAAAGGAGUAGGGUUUAGUUGUGUAAGAAAGCAGUUAAUAUUUGUUUAAGAAGCAGUCGGUGAAAGUUCCAUGUGAGGUUUCCGGUCUCUUCAGAUCACUGUUGUGCAUCUUGAGGAAGCUUUUGUUCUGGCAGAUCCUGCCAGUAAUUUGAUGUUCAAGAAUUAACAAUCCUGUUCUUUUACCAUUUAAAAUUGAGGAGCAUCCUGCAACUUUUUUUAGUAGGUUAUAUGCCCUAUGUAUAGAAGUGUGAAAAGAUCAUCUAUAAAUUUGAACAGCUUUAAACAUACUACUCUUUGAGAUAGCUUUUAACUUUUGACUGAAUGCUUCACAUUAUUUCCCUUUAGUGAAAACAUCCAUAUACAGGUCAGUGGCACUGGCUCCAUGAACAGUAUGGAUGGCACCACAAUUACAGGCAAUUCUCCAUUUUUUAAGAACCACUUUGUCAUACAUUUGCUGUUGUUACAUUAAAAAUAAAUGUUACUUUCACCAGAAUUAUAUUUUAUGCCUUUUAAUUUGUAAUUACUUUAUUCUUUGGGACAGUGAUCAAUGUGAAGGGCAUCAAGGUUUGGAGAGUAGUGAUACCAUAUUUAAUUUCAAUGCUUCCAUAGUUUUGUUUACACUGUUUAUUGUAUGGGUGAGUGAGGACGGUCAAUUCUAUUCAGGCAGCCUUCUGAUAGUUGUUGCAUUGUCCACAAUUUCCACUAAAUAUGGGGAUCACCUGUAGGCUAGUCAGCUGGAUAUAAAAUUGGCUUGAUAAUAGGAUUCAGAUGGUGGAAGUGGAGGGUUGUUUUUCCAAGAUUGGAAGCCUGUGACCAGCAGUGUGCUGCAGAGAUCAGUGCUGGGUGCAUCAUCUAUAGGAACCAUUUGGAUGAGAAUGUAAUUGGCAUGGUCAGUAAGUUUGCAGAUGACAGCAAAAUUGAUGGUAUAGUGGACAACAAAGAUGGUUAUCUAAGAUUGCAGCAGGAUCUCGCUCAACUGGGAAAGAGUGCAAGGAAUGGUAGAUGGAAUUUAACUCAGUGUUGCAUUUGGGUAGUUAAACCAGGGUAGGGCUUGCACAGUAAAUGGCAGGGCCCGAGAGUGUUGUAGACCAGAGAUCUAGGGGUUGAAGCACAUAGAUCCCUGAAAGCAGUGAUACACAUAGACAGGGUGGUGAAGGCAGCAUAUGGCACACUUGCCUUCAUCAGCUAGGGCACUGAGUACAAGACUUGAGAUGUCAUGUUACUGCUGUACUAGACAUUGAUGAGAUCACACUUGGAGUAUUGUCUGCAGUUCUGAUCACCCACAAGGAUGUUGUUAAAUGAGAAAGGGUGCGAAAAAGA